AAAAAAAAAAAAAGAUGAACGAAACCCUGCUCUACGAUUCUUCGUCUCUUCCGUAGCCGGUGUGAGUGAGAGGGUGGGCGAGCGAUUUUUCUUGGCAGCCGCUGUUGUAGGCGGCGGUGCUGGCGGACCUUCUCCUCGUUUUUGUGUGUCUGUUUGCAAGCAGGGGAUGAGAGAGCGCACGACUGGAGCUGUUUCGGACCUUCACCUUCCUGCGGUUCUCCUCUUCCCGUCGCCGGUGAGUGGUGUCAUGAGGAUCUAGGUUCGCCGCUGUUGGAGGUUCUGUUGUGACUGGCAAGCUCGUCUUCUUGUCCUCUGUUUCGUGUCACAGGUGAUGAUAAGGCCAAAGGAAAAAAGGGGAGGCAUCGACGUUGAAGAACUAGAGAUUUACUUAAGUUCAGGGACAAAACUUUCAGAAGAUCUAGUUCUGUCAAAAUCUGGUCAUUCUAUUUGGGAUCCUACCUUGUGCAUUUCUCUCUCUCAUGGAUGAUGCCAUUGCCCAGGCUCAGAUGCAUCUCUUCACACAUAGCCUUCUUGCUUCACCGGCUCUCCUGCAUGAAGGAACUGGAACAAGCCCAAGCAAUUAUAAUCAAAGCAGGGCUCCUUGCUCACCUUCGUUUUCUUUCGAAGAUAAUCUCAUUUUCAGCCCUGUCUCCCACGGGUAACCUCUUCCACGCUCAAGCUGUUUUCAAUGACACUUCCAUGGAGGAUUGUUUUAUUUGUAACACUAUGAUUCGAGCUUUUGCUAACAGUGCCUUCCCCGUUCAGGCUCUUUAUAUUUACAAUCAUAUGCAAAUCUUGCCUGUAUAUGCUGAUCAUUUUACCUACAAUUUUGCCCUGAAGGCGUGCUCUAGAGCUCACAAGGUUGCAGAACAAUGUGGCAAGUUUGGCGGGGAUACUAUUGCUUUUAAGGGUGCUGAGGUUCACUGCACUGCUCUCAAAUUGGGAUUUGGGGAGGAUCUUUGUAUUCAAAACUCAUUGCUUUCGAUGUAUAGUCAAUGUGGACUUUUGCCAAUUGCUCGCCUUUUGUUUGAUGAAAUGUCAAAUAGGAGUUUGGUAUCUUGGAAUAUUAUGAUAUCAGCAUAUAAUCGCAUUGACGAUUAUGAGUCAGCUGAUUAUCUUCUAAAGUCUAUGCCAGGCAAAAAUGUUGUUUCUUGGAACACUUUAAUUGCAAGAUAUAUUAGGAUAGGCAACAUUGAGGCUGCAGGAAAGGUGUUCCAUCUUAUGCCUGAGAGGAAUGCAGUAUCUUGGAAUUCAAUGAUUGCAGGUUGUGUUUCUAUUAAAGAUUUUGCAGGAGCAUUUACGCUCUUCUCUGAGAUGCAGAAAGCUGAGGUAAAGCCAACAGAAGUAACACUUAUAUCAGUCUUGGGUGCCUGUGCUGAAACAGGUGCGCUGGAAAUAGGUAGAAAAAUACACCAGACGUUGACAUUGUGGGAGUAUAGGAUUGAAGGCUAUUUAGGUAAUGCCCUUCUGGAUAUGUAUGCUAAAUGUGGUAACUUGAGUUCAGCUUGGGAAAUAUUUUAUGGCAUGAAGAUAAAACCUGUAAGUUGUUGGAAUGCUAUGAUUGUUGGUUUGGCUGUACAUGGUUAUUGUGAGGAAGCACUACGAUUGUUUUCUGAAAUGGAACAGAGGCUUAGUAAAGUUAGUCCUAAUAGGGUGACAUUCAUUGGUAUUCUGAUUGCUUGUAGUCAUAAGGGCUUGAUAGAUAAAGCAAAAUGGUAUUUUGAUCGUAUGAUAAAUGAAUACAAAAUUCUGCCUGAUGUUAAGCAUUAUGGUUGCGUGGUUGAUCUUUUAAGCAGAUGGGGUUCUUUAGAUGAGGCCUAUCAGACGAUCAUGAUUGCUCCUUCUGAUAGUAGAGCUUUUUUAUGGAGAAUGUUGUUGUCUGCUUGUGGGAGACAGGGUAAUGUGGAGUUGGCUGAGAUAGCCUUCCAACAACUUGCCAAAUUAGAGAAUCUAACAGAUGCAGAUUAUGUCUUGUUAUCUAACAUUUUUGCUGAAGUUGAGAAGUGGGAGGAGGUUGAGCGAGUUAGGAACCAGAUGACUGGCAUGCGUGUUUUCAAGAAAACUGGCUGCAGCCUGGUUGAUGAGAAGUAAUCUUAUCAAUUAUUUUGACAUGAAACCAUGCAAAAUUUAUGAAACAAGACCUAAGCCCAGAGAGUUAUUCUCAGGUUAAAUGAUCCAAGAAAUAAUCCUCCCAGCAUCUUGAAGAUCAUACAUUUUUCUUAGGUAAGGAUUUGAUGGAGCCUGAGGAGACGAUACUGAGGAAGUUGUGCAUACUGAGGUGCUAGAAAAAAGCAGAAGACGACAAUAUAUAUGUGGGGAGUAAUGCGGUUCUUGUUUUUAAAUGCCAAUGAAUUUACAAAAUGACUCAAGUCAACAAUGGUCCUGCUGUUUCAUCAAGCAGUUCAAAGAUUUCCAAUAAAAAAGGGUCGAAGUUGGGAUUUUUGAACAGUUAGAAUUUGUUAUUUUGGCCAGAGAACAAAUAAAUUGGGAAGUAUAAACGGAACAAGACGACUAGUACUUGAA